GGGGGGAUCUGCCUGUGUGCUCUGUGGGUGUUGUGUGGCUGUAAAGAGCUUCAGUCGUCAAAUAUUUGGGUCUCAAUUAGGUUGCGAGUUCAGGACUGCUGCCCUGGAACUGUGGUUCUUCGAAGGGAGAGCUUGCACAUUUGUAGGCAACAGAAGGAACCUUUCUCAAGCAGAUUGAUAUGAAAUUUAAAAAUAGUUCCUGUGAGAAGCUGUUCACGGAUUGAAUCGGGUGCCAAGAGAGCUCUCACUCUUUACUCAUGCUUUCCCCACCUCGUUAUUCUUUAAGAACUGUGUUAUUUGAAUUAAUUUGUAUGAAUGGAAGGGCAAGUGUGCCCUGCUUGGUGAAGGGCAGCGCAGGGUCCCCAGGCCAGCUGUGGCCGUGCCACCCCCCAGUCUAGAAGUGCCCUGGGCAGUGGCCUGGCCAGGUGCCAUGGGGACACGUGGCCAUUGCUCAGCACCGUGGCCUUCAGCAGGUCCCCUUCACCUGCAGGGAGCUGGGAUAGAGAACAGCUGAUGGCAUUGCUCUGAAACAUCCUCAUUGCUUUUCCAGAUGGGACACCUUGCCUGCUGCAAGCUGCUCACUGCUGGGUGGUGUACAGUCUAUUGGGUUUCACUGAGGAACAUUUGUUGAAGAAGCUAUGGAGUAGAAACCAACAUUUGAGCAAAGGAGACUGUACUGUCAUGGCUGUAAGCUGAGAUGGCCAUUGUGUUUAUUCCCCAGCUUUUGUCCCGGGCUUGGCACGCCCCAUCCCAUGGGUAGCUGAUGCCUUUUGCAGGGGUCAGGACACAGUUUGCUGGCGCGUGGCACUGCUCACAAAGGCUCUCGUGGCCCUGCGGUGGGCUGUCUGCAAGCGCUCAUCAACUCAUUAACCUUUCCUUUCAGACGGGAUCAGGCAGCCGCAGCAUGACAUGCCUGACUCCUGAUUCGCCAGCCAGCAAAUCCUUCCUUGGGCCUUCCAGUUUGUAAAGGUGUCGGGGAAGGAGAAUCACCAAACGUCUUUCUUCAGUAGGAGCACGGAUUAAUAAGCAAUAAGUGGGGAGAAGGAGCGUUGGUAGAUAGUGAGGCGUUACAUAAAAAUACAUAGGUGAUGUGUACCAAGUGUUGAAAGAGGCUCUCGUUCAUACUGCUCACAGUUUGCACGGUGGCCUUGUGGUCAAAAAGCACAAGCCCAGCUUUCUGGGGGUGUCUUUUUGUUUCAGUUUGCUUGGAGCAUGGAUGUUCUCACGUGCAAAGCAGUUCUGAAGAGCACCUCGAGAGACAAAAAGGCAGCGCCGUGAACACGUCAGGGUAAUUAAUUUUGACUUUAGGAGAUAACGUGUGAAGCACGUCAUGAAGCUGCUAUGUGUUUCAUAGCAUUCCUGUAUAAAAUCAUCUGUAAACAGGCAGAAAACCAGUCGUUAAAUGUACAAGCUGUGCUCGAUGGUAUGUUUUCUAAAAGUUAUCAUUAUCUGGUAAUAGUUUUCCAACUCGCACGGCAGCCUGAAGGCUGGCUGUGCUCACGUUUGGCCCUGCUGUACCCGAGGCUGUUCUGUACAGUUGUCAUGCUAAUUUGUACAGGUUUUGUGCUGACUUCAAUGGAACUACAUCUGGUUGUUACUGGUGUGCAAUCGAAUCUUUUUUAAACUACAAACUAGGAAACAACUGCAAACACCCGCUGAACUUAGCAUAUGGUUACGCUCUUACAGAGGAAGGAGAGAGGAAGGAAAGCCAUAGAGAUAUCUUUGGAGAGACCCUGACUGUAUCUUUGCUCAGUGUAAUGGAAAGGCAAACAAUGCAGAUGAAUGGUGUUGAGCCAAGUCACCUUUGAGAGAAGCCUUUACUUCCCAUCAGUUUAAGUCAUUUACCUGCAUGGUGGUAAGUGACUUAAAGCAUUUGAUGGCAAGGAAUGGAUUUGCAGCCACGUGUUGUUGAUGUUCAGUGUCUUGUCUGGGUGCUUGCGUGUCUCUGGUGUAUCUUAGAUGCUUUUUUUUAAGCUACUGGGUGAAAUAGCUGCAAGUGGUUGGGGGAAACUUAUUUAGACUGCACUUUAUUUGUGAGAACUGUUGUUAAUGUAUUUCACUUAAAGCAGUCCCUUCUACUUGAAGGACUCUGUUUCUGACGGAGGAACGUGACUGAUGUGUGUUGUGGAACCGCGCUGUGAUGGCUGGCAGGCUGCUGUCCUGAGCUGUGCCCUUGCCUCUCUGCCCUGGGUUACUGCCCCUGCAUCGAGGCUAGGAGGAGAGCAGUGUUCCUUAGGGGCUGAAUUUGAGCAGGUCCGUGUGGGGCAGCCCUGGUGUGUUUUAGAAGUGUUCUAACAGAUCACGUUGGAAAGCAGAUCGGUGGCCACAAACCUGUCCUGAGACCACGCGUUGGAGGUGGCCUCUGAGGGCAGACAGGCCGAGCAGAUUGAGCAGUGGCAUCUCCCUGCCAAGCUCUCCCCCCCUUGUCCAGCAGCCCCAGCAAUGCAGAGCCUCUGUGCCUGUCUGCAGUUGGGAUUGCCCUGCUCGUGUCCCUGUGGUGUGAGCAAACCGCCAUCCCAAAAGGCGAAAGCCAACAGCGUUUACAUUAUUAAUAUCAGCCAAGAGUAACCUUGGUUUUCUGGUUGGGAAGAUGAUGGUAAAGUGCUGACUGCUGCUCAGUUGCCUAAAAAAGCAGGAGAGAAAUUCUUUUGGGAUGUGAUUCUGAACCCUUCUGAGUUAACGGCGUCCACUUAAGCAGAUACAUUUUGAAACCUUUUAUGGGCAUAUUGCAAUGUUGCACGGGCCGAGGCAUGCCAGCUCCUGCUCCCAGGGCUCACUUCCCCUUUUCAAGGGCAAAGCCCUCUGGACUGAGGUUCCAGUUCUGUGAAAUAGCAAAUCUGGCAUGAAGCGCUUUAGAAUUAAUGUGGAAAGCAGAGAACUUGUGCUGAAGUGUGAGCUGUUGAGUCAGGUUUUGGGAGAGGGAAACGGUCCUCCCUGCCUUUCUCCAGGGGGAAGAGUUGUCUGCAGUUCCGUCUGUCACCUCUGGCUUUCCAGUUGGGGAGAGCUGCUCUCCUUGCACAUGCUCAGCACACCUACCUGGAGCUCAUGGUACUGCCAAGUCUGCUUGGAUGUGCAGGUACAAGCUCGGUGCCUGUGACCCAGUGCAAAUGCAAUGCUGUGCUCUGCAAGCCCCAGGGGUUUCCUGUGCGCCAGAAGCCUGGCUGGCAAGCUCUGGCAGCUCUAAAGCUUACCCUUGUGUGGCUGUGAGUCAGAGCCGGGAGUUGGCCAAGGGAGUACGGUGGGGUGUGUUGGUAUGGUGAGCUCUGACACCUCGACGUGUGCUGUGCUGCAAGCUGUGGCAUUGCUGGAUCCACACAGGGCCUUCCCCAGAGCUCAGGCUUUGCAUCUUCCAGCUCUGAUCCGUACCACUGACACGGGGAUUGCAGUAAAGGCCCCAAGCCUUCAAGUUCCUGUCCCCAGAGAGAGGCAGGAGCCUUGUGAGCAUGGAGCCACACUGGAGCAGUCUUCUCCCUCCUUGCUGCAUCAGCAAAGCUGCCUCGCCCCUCGCUCUUGAUUGUGUUAACCUGGUGAGAUUGGCUGGGGGGAAAAGAAUGGAAGGCUCUUCAAGGAGAAUGAGUCCAUGAACUUGUACAGAGCCACUGAUUUCUUCAACAGAGUGGCAUCAGCUCGGUGUAAUCCCUUUGCUGAGAAUAGCAUUCUGCUGCUUGGUUCACCCAUCUGAAAGGGUGCAGUAACGUGCAUUUAUGUAAUUGAGCCGCUUGGAAGAUAGGAAACAAAUAUAAACAAGAUGUGCCAGGUUUUCUGGAGAGCCCAUCGUCUGACAUCUCCCACAGAAUAUUUAAAUAAGCGGUUAGAUUUCCAAGCGAGGAGCUGAGCUCUUUGAAAAUCUGCCCCUGUAAAUAUUGUUAUGCUGGCAUUAAAAUAAAUGCUUUGAGGCACUUGGAUGAAUGCUUCUCCGCGCAAGCAGACUUACAUUUAUUAAUGUUGUUUAUUGCUGUUCAUAAGCCAGCAGAGAACCAGGCAGUGACCUUUUCCUGUCCCAUUCGGUCUCUCCUGCAAUCUCUAAAGAUGGCCUUCUGGUCAGAGGAAAAGCCAAGGAUGAUUUGGAAAACCAGCAUUCAGGCUGCUUUAAAGUGUUGCAGUGCCAUUCUGUGCCUAAUUGCACUUCUGGACCCCUCGGGAGCAAUGCAAAGAAAAGAAGAGUUUGAAGACAGGCUGGAGCUGAGCUACUGUAGUAACAAGGCUGUGUGUCUUAGGAGGAAGGCCUAACUGAGGAAGCAUGUCAAAACCUGGCUCCUUCUGAAUGAAUACCUAUCAAACAUGGAUAAUUCUUCUGCAAACAAACCUGGCUGUUGUGAAAGCCUCCUCUCUUUUGAUAGAAGGCAAGAAAUACUCUGCUUGACUACACCUAAUGUGUUCAUGUGGUAAAACCUUGUUACUGUCCACACAGUAGAGAGUACAUGGCGAUAGGAAUGAUGAUCUCUGCUCUCAAAAGCCUUAGCACUUGACAUCUGGCUCAGAACAUUGCUCGGUGUUUGGCCUGAUGUCAGGUUUUGGUGUCCUCCCCAUCACCAGAAGAGCUUAAGGCUAUGAUUCUGGGCUGGUGGGUUUUAACCUCUGCCUGCAUCUUUCCUCCUGCUUGGAGCUGGCACCGUGGCAUGUCUGCGUUGGUCCCUGCAGUGUGCUUGAGCUCUGAGCUGGAAAGCUGUGAUCUAGAGGUGCCUUUCUGCAACAUUUAGCUUGAAGCCGUGGGGAAGGUGUGCUCUUGAGGGGGAAAAUUGGCUUGCUGAAAAGUGAGUGUACUCAAACCAAGCACACUUGCAAUUCCUGAAGUUUGUAGUGAAAUGUUACAGCAGAUGGUCUGCUUACAAUGCAGGAUAUUAUUAGAACCAUGAUCAGUGCUAAUAAGGUCAUUGGCAGUGGGGGAGGAGAUCGGUGCCUGACCUUGUUUGAGAGGUGGCAGUCUGUGUGCUAGGGGAGAGCUUUUCUCUUGCAGUAGUGGAAUGCGUAUGUUUAAAACAAGCUACUUCUGCCUGUGUUCAUAUGUCUGCACAGCAGAGAGAAGCACCCAGCCCAGCCUGAUGCAUCUGCAGGGAGGCUGUUGGCCCCAACCCUUGGCUAAGUCCACAGAGCACCGCUGAGAGGUGGAGAACAAAUUCUGCUUGCAGUACCAGUCCCAAGAUUGGGAGCCCAGGCCCAGGUUAGCUAGCCCUACAGGAAGGCUGUGAUACCAGAGGCAUUGCCCAGUUCUUUGGUGACCCAUUAGUGGUAUUCACUGAGUUUGGUCAGGCAGGAGCCUGAGGAUCAUCUGGGUUGCAUUAGUGGUGUCCACAGCUCUGCUCAUCAGUGCCUACACCUGGCUGCAGUGGGGGGUUUAAGCCAUUAGACCAGAUGGUGAUGCUUUACCUCUAUCUGUCUGCUUGCUCCUGCUUUAAGUGAGAAAGCAGCGCUCUGGGAUCUGCGUGGCCCUGCUGCAUUGAGGGGCACUGGGGAAAGCAAGUGGAGAAGUGUCUGCUUUAUUGGGAAGAGAUGGCCAAGGCAGUGUGGCCGCAGGAAGCUGCAGGCAGUACGCCUGGGAGCACAGCCUUGAGAGCUUCAUUCCAGACAUUAUCCGUAGGGCUGCUGCUGGGAACGAUCACACGGAGAUUAGGCCCUUAAAGAGCCCCUGUCACAGCUGAGCAGAGCUUGAAAACAAAUCCUUAGCGUGUAAUCCUGACUGCACUGCCCAAUACUGCUGACCAGCAUCUUCCUCCUGCUGUCUGUUCCUGCAGGAUCAGAGCGUGCGUUCAGUUUUGUAUUUAUAAUUAAGUUCCACCUGAUCCUACGUGGUCAUGGCUUCCCCUCCGUGUGGCACUGCGGGUACCCAGCGCUGGUAGGGCUGAAGAAGUGAGUCAGGAGGAAGCAGGAGCCUUGCUGGGUUGGGCAUCUUUGGAUGCGGUGUUGCUUCUUCCCGAGUCAGGUGUUAAAAAUGCACCUGGCACUUUUUGCAGGAGCUCUUCCCAAUCUUGCUCCUGUGUCAUGAGACUUGCAGCCUUGCUCCAAAGCCCUGUUUCUCCAUCUACUUUCUGCUCUGCUUCCUCCUUCUCUCUGGGCUUGUUGGUCCCCACGUCCUCCAUCCCUGCCGGUGGUAUCAACAGGGACCGGGCAAAGCAGCCUGAUAAGUCUUUUCUGCCUCUCUCUUUCUGUUGCGUCUGUGGUCGCUUCUGUUUCUCAGAGCAUCUGGUACACUUGGAGAUAAGCAGCGAUCAUCAUGGUUAGCUCCCUGCAGACCUUGGUUCCCUGCUGUGUCGGUCGCGUUGCCUGUAAGGCCCCUGUAGCACUCAGUGUAGGAGCUGGAGCGAGGCGAGCAGGCAGUGUGACUCAGAGGUGCUUGGAGCCAGGGAGCUGUCACGGCUGAUGGAAAUAGGACAGGGAUGGCUGAAGUGUGCUGGGAGGGAGGCGGGGGCUGCUUCAGGGAGGGGGGCAGCCCCCCAGGGCUCCCACACAUCCCAGUGGGAUUGGGGAGGCCGGGUAUGGGCAUGCCAGCCGGGCCAGAAUGAGCUGGUGGAGGGAGGAGGUGAUCCCACAGCACCAGCACUGCUUCACCACCAGUUCCCUGUCACAGUGCUGUCACCGGAGCCCACUCAAACGGCUCGUGAGAGCUCAGGGAAAAAGUGCCUUGGGGGCUGAGAGGCAUAGAGGGGUAGGGUUGCUUUCAGCUGGUGAUGCGGAGAUGGGAAGAGAGAUCUGUCUGCUGCGGGGAGGCAGGAGCUCAGGCAGCACUGCGGCUACAGCUCUGCAGCAAUCCAGCAAGGAGGGGCUCAGCUGGAGACGAGCAGAUUGUGCCUGAGUUAGCAAGUCUUUGAGGGGUAAGAAAAGUGCAGAAGUGGUGUCCUGCAGAGCCCGUGUGUGCAACCUGCAGGCUCAAUUCAAUUGCUUGUAUGGAAAAUGCAGGCGAGUUGGUCCCCCUGCACGAUCAGAACUGGAUGCUUUCCCCCGCGCUCUCACAGCCUCGUGGUUGUGGAGGAUCAGUAAUCUGGAGGAGAUGACUUACAAAGAAUGGUAGCAAGCAGCUCUGUGCUGUACCUUCCUACAUGCAGUGAGACGUGGUGGGGGACUCUUCACGUGGCAGAACUGCGGGGUGACGAAGGCUUCCCCCAGCUGUAUGGAUUUUGAUUUGCAUCAAGUUUUAUGUAUUUAGAGUGAAAACUUUGUGCAUCUUGUUCUGUCUCUGGGUGGUGCUUGGAGCAGGGCCCUGAGCUGUGCCAUCGCUGGGUGUACUCCUACAGCCAAAGCUCCCCUGUGAUGUAGCACAGAUUGAAUUAAGGGGAUUUUUAUUGCUUUGUUUCUUUGUAUGAUAAUGUAUAAAUCUUUAGAAGUACUCACACAGAACAGAGCUUGCAUUAGCUAGGGUGGAAACGCCGAUGAAGGUGAUUUCUGGUGUCUUGAUAGUGGUGAAUCUGGGAGAAUGGUUCUUGAGCAUCCUUUUAGAAUGUAACCCUGCCAGGAGCAGCCCAAAGAGAGGGGAAAAGUUUUAGCACUUUUUUUUUUCUUCCUUAAUGGUCAUUCUUUCAAUCGGAGAAGCUUACCCAAGUUUGCAUGGGAUUUCUGCCCAGGCUCCAUCAAAGCCCAUCUAUCAGUGUAAGGAGCGAGAGCGUUUUUUCCAGCCGGGUGUUUGCUGACGUAGGCACCCGCUGUGCUGCAUUCCAGACUCGCUAAUGACACUGGAGCUUCUUUGCAGCUACUCCUCCCACGUGGCCAGAGAGGCUGCAGAUGUCCUCAGGAAAGGUCAUGCUUCCUCGCAGAAAAAUCUCUCCUUGCCAGAUCCCGGAUGGACCCAUCUUGCAAACAUCCAUUUGCGUUGAAGCCUCAGAGCUGACUGUCGUCCUGGCUGUUCCUAAUCAGGGCACUGAAAGGGCUUUUUCUUGCUGCCCUUUUAAGAAAGGAUUGUGCUGUGUCUGAAGGUCUCUCUUGUUGGUGGCAGAAGCAGAAUGCAUGAGGUCGGGUGUCUGCCAGCGUCAUAUUGUCAAGAUAGCUUUUAAAGGCUGGUUUCUAUUAGAAGGCAAAUCCUUGCAUUCCUCCGUGUCUGCACAAGUCUGAGCAUCAGGCAGCCUGCAUUGUGUGGGUGACUGGGACAGGGCUAAGCGGCUCAGGGUGGAAACUGAGGGCAGGCGUUUGGAAAGCAGGUCAGUAAUAUGGGAAGGGCAGAAAAACCCCACAGUCCUGUGAGCAGUUUGCUUUUAGCGACUGAAGCCUGAAUAAGCAGGUGUCUGCGUGGGGAUGCUUUCGUUAUUUCUACCUCCCUUGGCUUUUCUUAGUGUUCCUGAACCUAAAGACACGAGUCUAACAACUAGCAAAAGCAAAAACUCCGAAUACCAAAGCAAACCAAAUGAAAGCCCUGAUCUGUUCCUUUCCUGUUGUUCUGCUGGAAUGGGCAGACGCAUGCACAUAUCUGCGGCGUAUUUCCCUCUUAGGUGCUCUGUUACUGAGCAGUGUUAUUCCAGGCUUGUACCAGUGCCACUCAGAGGAGAAUUUAGGUCAGAAUUUUUGGCAAGGCUGAAGUUGCAUCCUGCAGAAAAAAAGUGGCUGCAUCUCCAGAAUGAGAUUCAACCUCUGUGUCCUGUCCUGCAGCUCUCCUUCCAGGGAGGGGAGCGGAGCUAAUUAGCAGCUACGUGGAAUUAACCUUUCACUGCCUGAAAUCGUGGUUUCUACCAAACGCAUUAUUUGUCUUUCCCCAUUCCUGGCACUGCUUGGAGAAGGCAAAUGUUAUUAGAUUUUUGCCAUCUUUGGGCAGUGCAUUUCCAGAGCUGUUCUGGGUCUGUGGGUCGGUGUGCAGUACAGGUGGAGCAGAACAGCUCUUGGAGCAGGCUGCUGUUUGCUCUGUGCUGCCUGGGAAGGGUCUGCCAGGUGCUCAGUGGGGAAGCAGAGCACGGAUCUGCUUUGCCUGAGCAAGGUGGGGGGUGCAGAUCUGCACAGACCCUCAUCAGGCUCUGGAUAACGGGCUGGGGCGGAACGAGAGUCUGGGAGGAGUGCUGUAAUUAGGACAGAUCAUUAAGAUGUGGUUUUCUUUUCUGGCUGAGGCUGUUCUAAUAAAUUCAUCAUAAAUUAACAAGUUUUCAGAUGUUGGCACCGAAUUUGGCACGCUGUCCCUUAUGACUGCCUGCCUGGGUGGUGCUUGUGACUAGCACACGUGUCCUGCACUUAAAUAUGUCCCAUAGUUUGCAGUGUGGUGUUGCUAAAUUCUUUCUUUGCCUGCAGAAAUGGCCUGGCGUUGUCUUUGCCAUUGUGAGCCCUUUGCUCCUAACCUUUAUUGGCAAACUGGUGCCUGUGAAAGACCUGUCCUGCUGUUGCUGCAGCCUCUGUGCUCCACUGCUGCUGUGGGCCCUGCCCUGGACUCUUAGCAAAUAUUUACACUGCCUUUCCCUUCCUUUCGCUUGAGAUUUGAGCAGAGAUUCGUUACAUAUCUGCUUUCUAGUGCUAGGCACUUCUUAAAGAGCACAUCUGAAGGGGUUUCCUUAAGAGAAAAAUCCCUUGCGACUUAAAUGUGCAUAUGUUACUGGCUGUAAUAAAGAAUAAAGAACAUACUAAAGUCAAUCUCCAAAAGCUAGCCAAGGUGAAAUAUUUGCCUGGGGCAAGGCAGGUUGUAUUUUUUCCUUCCCUUUGUUGUUUUUCUUUUUUUCCCUCUUCCUUCCCUUUCAAGCCUUGCUGCCUCCUGGGUAGGGGAGGGCAGCGCGGUCCUUGCCUGCCCAGCUGAGCAGGCUGGAGGAGCUCUCCCAAAGGUGCGUUUUGGUAGCAGUGCCUUCAGUCCCAUGGCCAGCAGCAGGUUUUGUUGCGUCGUGGGUGUGAAAUCGGACAUUUGGCAUGCUUUUUAUUUAUUGGUUUGUUUGCUUUAACCAAAGGCCCUGAUAACCCAGAAGGGCCACAGCCUUCUGCCCUGUCUAUCCGCUCCCCUGCAGCCACCCUAUGCAGCGGGCAUCCCCUGGCAGCCCCUCUUCAGCUGAGGCUGAGCCCAUCCUGCUGAGCUGUUUCUCCAUGCUGAGGAUUCUCCCUGUGAAUUGUCAGCCCAGAUGGAAUUAAUUUUUUUCAUUAUAUAUAUAUAUUUAUUUUUUUAAACCAGGAAUCUGUUUAUGCCCACUACGCUUUUGCUUGCAACAACACGAGCGAAAAUUGGGCUGGUACUCAGAUGGUGAGUUUGUUUUCUGCCAAGUUCUUGCGAACAAACUCUUUGCUUUGUUUUGUUUUCUUAGUUUCAUUUUUUAAACAUCUAAGCAUUUCUGAGCAUCGCUUUGCCCUCCAUAGACAGGAGAAAGCAUUGGGCUUUGGCCAUGCAGCUGUCAGUCUCUGUGCUCCUCUGUUUGUCUUUUCCCCUUGUGCAAACGCCAGGAGUGAGGCAGCCGGGGGUGGUCACACAGCCCCUAUUUGUAUUCAUGAGCACAGUGCUUUAACAUUUAUUCUCCUGGGCUUUAAUGUACUUUGCUUGGUCCUGUCUACGUGUGGUUUGACUGCUUCAAUUGUAAUAUUUAACAGACGCUGUAGGUAAAGGAAGGUCAGAAGCAUCAACUUUCCGUAUGACCUUGACGGAUUCAAUCAGCCAGUGAAAGUUGUAGAAUUGGAUUAUGGGAUUUGCAACGAAAAAGUGGUUUAAGGCACAGGAGAAACUACACCUGGUAUUUUCAAAAGCUGCCCUGGUUUAGCAGCAAUCUGGAGUGACAGAGCAGGAGACAAAAGGGCCGGUGUACCCGAGAGAACUGCAAAUAUCUCCACCCUCCCCCGCACUUAAAAACACAACUUGAAAUAAAUGGACGCAACAACCUGAUCCAGCAAAAGACGGCCGCAGCCAUGUUUGCUCAGCAAAUGCAGUUCAUGCUACCAGGCACGCAGCUACAGCCAAUCACGACAUUUCCUGUGACUCCAUCGCUUGCAACAAGCCCCACAAUGGCUUUUAGUCCCUACCUGAGUCACGUUUCUCCUGGGAUGGGCUUGGUUCCUGCAGAGCUUUUACCAAAUACUCCUGUCCUGGUUUCUGGAAAUCCAACUGUUACGGUACCAGGAAGCUCUGCUGGGCAGAAACUGAUGCGUACGGAUAAACUGGAGGUUUGUCGAGAGUUUCAGCGUGGAAAUUGCACACGUGGUGAGAACGACUGCCGCUAUGCUCACCCGAUAGAUAUUGCGAUGAUAGACACCAAUGAAAAUACUGUUACAGUUUGCAUGGAUUACAUCAAAGGUCGAUGCUCUAGGGAGAAAUGCAAGUACUUUCAUCCCCCUGCACACCUGCAAGCCAAAAUCAAGGCAGCUCAACAUCAGGUGAACCAGACAGCUGCAGCUGCAAUGGCCCUGCCGCCUGGUGCACUUCAACCUUUACCAAAGAGGCCAGCACUUGAAAAAAACAAUGGUGCCACCACAGUCUUUAACCCAAGCGUUUUCCACUACCAACAGGCUCUAGCCAACAUGCAGUUGCAACAGCCUACGUUCAUCCCCACAGGGUCAGUUCUGUGCAUGACACCCACUGCAAGCGUUGUGCCCAUGAUGCACGGUGCUACGCCCACCACUGUGUCUGCAGCAACAACUCCUGCCACCAGCGUCCCCUUCGCUGCAACAGCUACCGCCAAUCAGAUAUCCCAGUUAUCAGUAGAUGAACUGAGUAGCAGCAUGUUUGUUUCACAGAUGUAGAAGUUCCCGAUAGAACACAGACCAUGUUGAAAUUCUGAACCGUAAAAUUACGGAGCACCAGGACUUCUUGGUGGGAAGCUGCGCAUGGCCUUUCUGUAUAUAUCCCCUCUUCCCUUCUCUCGUUCUUUACCACCUCUACAGUAAGCCUGUUGCAGCCUACAUGUUAACCAAAAACUGAUCAAUGGGAAUGUCAAAAAAAAAAAAAAAAAAAAAAAAAAAAGAAAAGAAAAGAAAAAAAAAAAGCACUAUAGAAACAAUUAACAAACAGCGCUCUGUUAUAUGAGAUAUACAAGUAGAAAAUUAUAAUAGACUUUUAUAACACAUUACUUUAACACACUUAAUCAUUUUAUGACUACCAUCCUGAUAAGUGCAUCUGCACAGCGGACUGUUGGUUUACUGUAUACUAUCGAUGGAUAAAUGUUUGUCUUGUUUUUAAAGUGUUAUCUUACUGUUUUGUUUACAUCAUAGUCUAUUGAUUUGUUUUAAAGUGUACAUCAUUAUCAAGUAUACUCAAUACCAUUUUUUCAUUAUUGUUAUGUCUUAAGUUUUCAUAUACUGUAGGUUUUAUGGAGUUUUGUUUGUUUUUUUACUAAAAAUGUUAUCGUGGGAAACAGGAAUUAUGUGCUUGAAAAACACGACACAGGAAUGUUUGCCCUUUUCUGGAUUUUGCUGUUCACGUCAGCUGAAGUUGUUUGUGUUAAAGGCUCCUCUUAUCAUUUAAAAUUUGCCUUCAGAUACUCUCCAAAUUUUUAGUACCAAUGAUGUGCAAGGCCAGCUGUGAUUUCAGUCCAGUUCAGAGUAUUUCUUUAAAUACAGUGAGCUGGUUCUGGAAACUGGAGGAAAAAAGAAAGAGAAAGACAAAAGCCCACUCUCAGUAAGGGGAUAGGAAAGAUUUGCUCAGAACUUCUGCAGUUCUACUGUAUGUUGAAGUGCAUUCUCAGCUGCAAACAGCGCACAAUCUUUCUUGCUGUUCUCGCGGUGCAGUGGAAAGCAAUAGGUGGAGUGAGAUGUUUUCCUUUGGGCAUUUGCAUUGGAGAGGAACAAAUGCCAACAGUUAGCUGCGAAACACGUAGCUGGAGUAGGCCCGUCAUCGUGGCUUGACCCAAGCUGGGUAAUACUGUGCCCAUGAGCGUCUCUUCACUGAGCAUGCUGAAACAUCUCAGCCUGAAAUCUAGUGACCCUUCCUGAAAUUUUGUCAGCAGUUCUUUUUAAUCACCACUGACCAUGACUUGGUGAUUUUCCCCCUAAUUUCUGGCCCCUUGAAGCAAACACAGCACUAACAGACCAGGAAAAAUCUUACCAUACAUAAACAUCCAUUUUAAUGGGGUUCCUAGCGGUUGGUGAAUGUGGUUUGGCACCUUCUACUUGAUGAAGACCAACGUUUGUCACACAACAAGGGCUAGUUCUCAAUACCUCCUUGUCAUGCGCAUGAAUAAAGCAGCUCCCAGCCCACGCACCCUGGGCAGCACUGCCUGGCGCUGUGCUGCCUUGCUGAACAAUCUGGCUACACAGAAUACCUUUUAAUUUGAGAAUGCAGCUAAAUCCAUCCCUGUCAUAGCUCUGUACUAUCGCUGGCCUCACGGGAGAGAUGGAUUUGCUCCAUGAACUCCAUAAAAGUAUGAAGUGUUAGGAGAAAGACAACCAUUUUUAAAGCCAGGCGAUGGGCAAGUUGUUAGUGUCCUGCUGUCCUGAGCUCACUGUGGUCUUGUGGGGUGCCAAGAAGAUUGCAUUUUCUUUUCCUUAAUCUUGGUUAGAGAAUGUCCUUCUGUGGGUGCAGAUGCAUUGAUAGACAUGCAUCUGCAUGGACCACAAGGGACAAAGGGGCAGGCUGGGCGCAACAGGUAUAGCCCAGGACAGGCUGCGACCACCUGUGUGUGGAGAUGUAUGCAUAGCAAGCACCUUUGAAGAGUCCAGCUCAGAAGGGCCUCGAGCCAGAAGGAAUCUUUCCAUUCAUUUCAGCAAGCUUUGAACCUAACCCUGAAAGAGGGGAGAAACCCAUGCAGCCCCAACCCUCAGCCAUGCGCCUUGUGUUUUGGCAGUCCCUCGUGUCUAUGGAUGUUUCCCAGCCAUCAGCAUUCAAAGGCAGACAGUGUUGCCUGAAAUUAGCGGCUGUCAUUUAUAUUGGCUACUGCCUACCUGUUCUUUUAACCACUGAGUUUCUGUUUCCCAAAACCAUAACAUUGUUAGUGGAAAAAGUGGAUUUGAGUACUUCCUGUUUGAAAUUAUUUGUGUAUCAAAAUGGGUUUUGCACAACCUGUGCCAGUGCCUCAACAAAGAACAGAGCUGAUCUUCUUAAGCCAGAAAGGAUGCAUUCAAGCUUGUAUGGCUUUAUGAGUUAAAGGAGGUUGGAACUUUUUCAGUGCUAAAUGGAUUUUUGUAUAUCUUGACACUUUGAUGUAACCUCCUAUUUUAUUUAUCUACUUAAACAUCUGGCAUAGAUGUGCAUAGAAUGUAAACCUAGAAUACAGCUGUUUUCACGUCACAUUUAAAGCACUGAAAAAAAAAAAGCAUUUAAGGAUUAUUUUUUAUUAAAGAGGUCCAAUGAGGGAUGUUCAGGGUAGUUAUAUUAGGUGCCACAACAGUUUUUAUAUUGCUGGCAAAUUUAGCGUUAAUUUGUAAAUGAGUUUAAGGAAAGAAAAGCUUGAAGCACUAAACUUCACCAAAUUCAAAACAAUCUCGGCAAAAAUGCCAUUUGAGGUAGCACUAUUGAAACUAGUUGUGCAAUGACUUGCUCUAAUUUUCUUUGUUCAAGAAAGAAGAAAAAAAAAAAAAGAAAAAAGAAAAAAAAAAAAAAAACCAGUCGCCAGACUAUAAAUUUCCUAAAUAGACUCUUACAAAGUCACCGAGCUAGUUAGUGACUCUAAACCAAUGUCAUAAAAGCAUGAAUAUCAUCCUUUAUUUGACAAGAGAUGUAUGUAAGUUUGUUUAAAUCAAUAUAAUUUUAGUGACAUUUUUAUAAGCUUCCCACUUUCCAUGAACCUCUAUUUUUUAUUUAUCCAAAGUGAUUUCUCUUUGUCCAUUUCUCUCAGCCUUAUGCAAACAAUAUGCAAGAAAUGCUGAAACUUGGAUAAAACGGGUCAUGCAGAGGGAAAAUGAAAGCUGAGAUUGAUCAUUUUCACGCAAAAGGUUGUUAGUAGUUUCAAUAAAAGUACUACUACUAAACUGUAACAUAAGCAGACAAUAAAAGAGGGAUUUAAAAUAAAAUGGAUUCAUAAAACUAUUAAGAUUAUUUUUGUUAAAUACAGUGUUUUUAGUAAUCCGGAACACGAUUUCACAAUCAAUGUUGUUGGUUUUUUGGUUUCUUUUUGGUUUUUGUUUUUUUUUUUAGUUGCAAGUUUCUAGCUGAUGAUGUUUUGACUUUGUAUUUUUGCAUCGUGAUGUCCUAGAAACCAUUCCUUCCCAGGGCAGCCCACGCCGGCCCCGCUCCUGAAUGCUCUGCAAUGCUCGGGGUGCUGAGGAGCGGCGGUGCAGGCAGGCUGGCCGUGCUCCCAGCAACCCAAAGGCACGGCCACGUUGCUGCUCAUCCCCCGCUGCGGGCUCCUCCUGGCCCAGAGCCCACAGCCCGCUGGGCAGCCGGAGCUGCGGGAGCAUCGGGGCAGCACCGGAGGUGGUGUGUGCCUGUGGUAGGUGCGGCCGGUGGGACGAGGAGCCGCGUGUGUCGGAUGAGAUGUCUUCUCCGCCUCGUGGGCUCCUUGCUGGCGCUGUAGGGUAGCUCUAGGACACGCAGUGAUUGAGAAACUGGAGUCCUCGUUGGGUUUUGGUUUUGAUCCCUUGUACAUUUCACACGCGCGAAAACGGAAGAAGGUGAAAUUUAUGAGGAAAAUCUAAUUUCCCAUUCCUGUUGAAUGGAUUUAGUUUGAUAUUGACCUGAUUUUACCACGUGCCUGUUGAAGGCCUUAGAGUAUAUACUGUAUGUUAAAGACUGUAAUAACUUUAAUAGUUGCUAGCCUAAUCCAAAUGUAAAUAGAGCUCCAACACGUUGUUACUGGGCUACAACGCAUUAACCCACGUCAUGUAUUUUCAUUUCUUUACCAUUAGUUCGUAAGGUUUUUCAUUAUUGCUUUUUUGAUACCUUUAGUAACGAAUGGAUUUAAUUUUGAAGGAGAGUUAGAGAAGGUUUAAAGCUUUUCAUACGUCUAUUCAACCCGUUCAGUUCUCUUCUAAACCAACACUGAAGCAUGGUAAGGUAUAGAACGCAGUCCAUAACUUGUCUGUAUAGUUUACAGUUUAAGAACAAAAUUAACUUUGUAUGUAACUCCUACAAUGAUAGAUUCAUUGUUAACUAAUUAUAUUAAGUUGUUGUUGCUAUGGCAACAAAACUACAACAUGGCUACCUUUGUAUACGUUAUUUGUGAGAUUUUCACAUGUAAAUUAAAAGUGAUGUGUAACAGUAUGAGCUUGUUAAAGGUACAGUUCGAUACUGUCAGAUAAAGAGAUGACUGAAUAUUUUUAAAAUCCCAAAGUCCCAUGUGAGCGCUGAAUCGGUGUCUGUACGUCACUUUUUCAGUCGAGAAGUUUACAACACAUGGAUUUAGAGUCAGGUUUUAUAGCUUGUAGAAAAAUUGUUGUGUGGCCAGGGUUAUUCCACAGUAUUUUAACUCCGACAGCACGACGGGCUGCGUGGGGACGUAGUGAUGGUCGUUCCUUCAUUUCACACUCGCCACCAUUGUGGGAAUUCCGAAUCCAUCCCUCUCAGUACUGUAGCUCUGCUUGCAGUUCUCUGUUGGGUUUCCUUUUGGGUUUGUUUUUUUCUUUCUUCCUGAAAUUGAACACUCGUGUGAUUAUGUUACGAUCAGGGCUAAAUGACGAAAAGCGUGUAACUAUUUUAAUACUAAUUUAUAUCAGCAAAAACUGUACAUAAGAAAAAGAAAAAAAAAUAUUGUGGAAUGACCCCGUAACAGUGUUGAAGAUACCAAUAUGCUGCAGUUAAACUGAUUCAGUUAGUGUACGAAUGUGUGAGACACACCUUUUUUGCACUUAUGUACAUAGUCCACGAAAUAAAUCCUUGGAACUUAUUUUGAAUAUAAAAAAAAAGUCUGUAAUAAUACAGGAAAAGUUUGUAAAAGAGAUAGGUAUUACUAAGGCUUUGAAAAGGAGGAGUUUUUUGCUAUAAAACUUAUCUGAAAGCAUGAUGUUGCUUUGCUGUUGUAAAAGCUUUGUAGUUUGCCAUAGCUUCUUAUACAGCAGACUGAUACCAGGUCAGCUCCAACCUGCAGCACGGAGAAAUGGGAAACAGUGCUUAAUGAAUUAGUAAGGUCACUAGCAAAGAUUUUCUUUCGAAUCAGCCUGCGUUUUCAAACACACCCGAGGUCACGUUUGUGAUGCUUUGCAUUCUCGGUGAAUCCUAUUGGGACCGGAAUGUCGGCGGUGGCACACACCCAUUUUUCCCAGCACCUCAUCCUGGUUCUGGCUGGAAGCGUUUCUCUGUUGUAGGUGACUGUCGUUGCAGUGCUUCAAAUCCCAGGAGGGAGUUUGAACUGUUGCUGGGUUUUGUGUGUGCGCGUGGUUUUGUGUUCUUCUCACCGUUUCGGGGCAAGCCAACAAAACGGAGCGGCCGCAAAGGAGUGGAGGGGUGGGAGUUGUUUCAGAUGGGCUGGGGAUGACUUUCCCCUCCGGUGCCUCUGCUUUAAUGCUCUUCUGAGAGAGUGAGAGGGCCUGCUGGCGUGGCAGCGGUGCGUGGUGGAGCUGUGGGCUGGGUGCUGGGCAGGGAAGGCGGUGCUGCUGUGCUGUGCGGCAGCGCGGUGCCCCUGGCUGGGUGCAGCCCUGCUGCCCUGCCAUGCACAGGGAGCACAGCCCUGUCCCCAGCCAGGGAGGAACCCGUGCCCCAGGAGCUGCUGGCCGUGUGCCUCCACCCAGCCCAGGCUUCCCCAGCUUCUCCAGGGCUGCCAGGCUGCACGGAGGUGGUGGGAAUCCUGGGCAAAGCCCUGUGCCCACGCAGGACCAGGAGAUGCUCUCAUAUGCAAGCUAGGUUGUCCCUUUGCUUUCCCAAAUGGAAUGUUGGCUGCGACAGAGAAAACAGAGGAUGAAUGAUGUAAAAUAUCCAUUCCCUGCAGCAGAUUGCUGAUUCCCAGCAAUCUGGGUCCCCGGGCUCUCCAUUCCCUUCCCACUCCUGCUCUGUUGCUUGCACUGCAAUGCUCUGCAGCACUGGGGGAGCUGUGGGCAAGCUGGGAGGCCUGCAUCGACCCGUUUAUUUUCUGAUCAGAACUAGUACUUCUCUUGCAAACUCACGCCUCCCAUUUGUGUUGGUAAAGCCCCCGUGUCCCUGUGCCCCCCCCCCGCCCACCCCAGUGCUCCGGGCACUGCUGCUGGCACCCCAGAGAUUGCUCCCUUCACGUUGUCCAUGAAUGCUCCCUGCCCAGCCCAUCGUUCCCCACGUGAUCCAUUGGAACGCACGCUUUGCUGAAUCAGAGCCUUAGCAUCAUGUGGUCCCAGUGUCUGUAAAGGGGAAAAAACAAAACAGAUGUUGUCUCUUCCCGUGUGCGUUAUAAUAAUGUAGAUGUUAAUAUGAAAUAAUCAGUUAAUUCUGGCCACCGUGCUCUUAAAGCUUCCCUUUACUGUAAUCCGUUUUUGUAGUCGAGCUCCUCCUCAUUUCUAGGAUUACGAGGAAAAACUAUUUUGCACUAAUGUGAAAUGAAUCAGAGACGGUAAACUUCUUUUGCUUGGGGAUACGAAACCGAUCACAACAACACUGCUAAAAUCUUUGCUAGUGAUCUCUACUGACAUCUCUACAUCAAAAAUAACUCUAUGCCUCUCAGACGAGAUACUUAAACACGCCAAAAUAACACAACUGUUAAAUAACACAGAGUUCUUUUUCCAAACACACAACAGAGAGAAUUACCUGACACUGAAUUACAAGGUUCCAGUUCCUUAUUACUGUACACAGAUGCUAUUUGAUAGUGGUGGAAGCCAAAUGAUUUUGUUGCCAUGGCUUUUGUAUCCUAGCAGAUGAGGGGAUGAUAAGACCAUUCUUAGAUUGGGUUAUGGGAUUUAUUGGGUUGUUUGUUGUUUUCUUUUGUUUUGUUUCCUUUUCCAAUGAGCUUUCUUUUAGUUACGUUUUUGUUUCACAUCAUGAAAAUGAAACGAAGCUCCCCCUGCUCCUGAUCGUGUCACCCGACAACAGAUCGCUUUCUUCUCCCGUAGAAGUAGAGAAUUGUACUUUAGGCAAUCGCAGAAAUCAAACAGAGGAUGUUCUCCAAAAUGGUCGACUUCUGAUUUAAGUCUAUACAAACACUCAUGCCGUACUGUGUGAAGUAGAUCUUUGAAGCGAUUCUUCUUUUCAUAGGCAUUUCUGGUACAACAGCGUUAAGAGAAACAUUAGGUAUCAAUUCAAUGGUAUAGUUUAGCAUAUAUACAACCAACUCCAGUUAGCCCUGUGGCAUCGUAAGAAACAAAACACCAUCGGAUUCAGACAGGCAUAGGCUCCUGCAGUGUUUCAGUUCCAUAACACGACAGUUCAUUCCCUCAACUGCUACCAACAGGGUGUACGCUUGGAAUUUCUUUUUGCCACGUUAUAUUGCUGUAGUGCCUGUACGUGCUUUAGAGAUGUGCAUAAUGCUACUCAUUUUAGUAUGUUACUUCUAUAUUGUUAUCGUUUAUUUUUUUGAUCUUUUAAUAAAGUGUAUAAAAUCCUU